AUGUCUGCUUCACUUACCUCGAGUAGUUUACAGUCCUCAUGGGCGAACUCGCCCAAGAGUGCGUCGCCUCCACGUACCUCUUCCUGGCCCAGUCCUGCUUCGUCUAUAACGGGGCCUGAUCCAGCGGUGAUGGUUGGGUACGGCUGUCGCGUUGCGGGAGCGGACCGCCCAAGUAAGCUGUGGGACAAUAUCAACGCGCAAGUCGAUAUGCGCAAGGAGAUUCCCGCCGAUCGAUUCAACAUCAACAACUUCUACCAUCCUGAUGGCACCCACAAGGGCACUACCAAUUGCAAGUAUGGUUAUUUCCUCGACCAGGACAUCGGGAUGUUUGACCGCAGCUUUUUCCGCAUCUCGCCCAAGGAGGCUGAGGCAAUGGACCCACAGCAAAGACUGAUGCUCGAAGUUGUCUAUGAAGCGCUGGAGGAUGCCGGAAUCCCACUGGAGGACAUCUGGGGCACCCGUACCUCAGUCUUCUGCGGCUCCUUCAGCAAUGACUACAAUGCCAUGACUACGAAGGACCUGGAGUACUAUCCAAAGUACGCCGUGACCGGGACUGGCAAUGCAAUCCUUGCCAACCGCAUCUCGUAUCUCUUUAACCUGCAGGGACCGAGCGUCACCAUCGACACGGCGUGCUCCUCCUCUCUGGUGUCGUUCCACCUCGGCGCGGAGACUAUCCGCAAUGGCGAGAGCGAUGUCUCCAUCAUUGUUGGAUCUGCACUGCACUUCGACCCAAACAUCUUUAUCAUGAUGACCGACCUUGGUAUGUUGUCACCGGAAGGACGGUGUCGUGCUUUUGAUGCUCGUGGCCAAGGAUAUGUUCGUGGUGAAGGCAUCUGCGCCGUCGUUCUCAAGCGUCAAAGCCAGGCAGAGCUGAAUGGCGACCACAUCCAUGCCGUGGUACGCGCGUCGUCCAUGAACCAUGAUGGUACUAAGUCCGGUAUUACACUUCCUUCGAGCACUAGUCAGGAGGCCCUGAUCCGAACUACGUAUGCGAAAGCCGGCCUCGACCCAGCACACACUCCCUAUGUGGAGGCUCAUGGCACUGGCACGGCUCGUGGCGAUCCCGCCGAAAUGAGAGCUCUGCAAGCGGUCUUUAGCCCCGCGCAUCGCAAAGAGCCAUUAUGGGUGGGUUCUGUGAAAACCAACAUCGGACACACCGAGGGAGCGUCGGGUCUUGCGGGUAUUAUCAAAUCAGCCAUGGCGUUGGAACGUGGAAUCAUACCCCCCAACAUGCUAUUCAAAUAUCCAAACCCCGAGAUAAAGUUCGAGGAGUGGAAGCUGCAGGUACCCACGGAAGCUACCGACUUUCCAAGCUGCCCAGAUGGCACACGGCGUGCGAGUGUUAAUUCCUUUGGCUAUGGUGGAGCGAAUGCUCACGUUAUUCUGGAAGCAUAUCAGCCCAUGCCGAUGCUGACACCUCCCCCGGUUCUACCAGAUGCCCUUGUCUCGGCCGUCAAGAAUCGCCCAUUUUUGAUCCCUCUCACUUCACACACAGAGAAGGCGGGCAGCAUCUGGGCCGACAAACUGGGCGGCUACAUCAAGGAGCAACCGGGUAAUGUGGCAGACCUGGCCUGUAGCCUCUCAUCGCGCCGCUCGAUCCACGCAUACCGCUCCUUUGUUGUAGGAAAGUCUCGUGCAGAAAUCGCUGAGCAGCUCAAAGGCCCGGCACCAUGGACAAAGGCUGUUGAGACACCUCGCCCGAGAUUGGGAUUCGUCUUUACGGGGCAGGGCGCGCAGUGGUUUGCCAUGGGACGCCAGCUGAUUCAACACUCGCCCUUGUUCCAGCAGACAUUGCAGCGCUGUGACAGAACACUGCACGCUUUGCCAGAUGGGCCAGAAUGGUCAAUCAUCGAAGAGCUUUCUCGUGAUGAGGAACAUUCGCGAUUGACCGAGACCCGUCUCUCGCAGCCCAUCUGCACGGCACUCCAGUUGGCUAUCGUGGACCUCCUGCGCAGUUGGGGGAUUGAGCCGACCUCCGCCGUUGGUCACUCUUCGGGUGAAAUUGGUAGUGCGUACGCAACGGGUAUCUUGUCGUUUGACAAUGCGAUGUACGCCGCCUACUACCGAGGUCUACACAUGUCCAGUGGAGGAAAUGGCGUUGCAAGCACUGAUGGCGCCAUGUUGGCUGUGGGGCGUGGACCGACAGAAUUGACCAAGGAGCUGAAGGAGUAUGAAGGCCAGGUCAGUCUUGCGGCGGUCAACAGCCCGUCUAGUGUCACCCUUUCUGGUGAUGCUUUGGCCAUCGACGCGCUGCAGACUCAGCUGGAAGAGCAGAGGGUGUUCACGCGGCGGCUCCAGGUGGCCCAGGCUUUCCAUUCCCAUCACAUGUACCCUCUAGCACCGGCUUAUACUGAAGCACUUAAGAGCUGUUCGGGCUUCAACGCUGCCGACUCAAAGGCACGGAUGUUCUCCAGUGUCACUGGGCGCCUCGCAAAUCCUAGCCAGAUGGGUCCUGAGUACUGGGCUGCGAAUAUGACCGGCUGCGUCCGUUUCUGGGAGGCUCUCGUGGGGAUUCUCGUGGAUGAAGAGGAGGAGCAGAAUGUGGAUAUCUUGGUGGAGAUCGGUCCGCACCCAGCCUUGCGGGGCCCUUCUCGACAGAUUAUGAAAUCUCUUGGUAUGGACCUACCUUACCUGGGAUCGUUGGCACGCAAGAUGGCGGACUUUGACUGCCUUUUGACAUUGGCCGGACAGCUCUUCCAGCACGGAUAUCCAGUGAAUCUGGAUGCGGUCAACAGCGACCACUUCCUUAUUGAGCCAGAUAUCCCCUGCCAGGCACCAAACGGCAAAUUCCUUGAUGACAUUCCCACAUAUGCUUGGGACCACGAGCGUUACUGGGCGGAAACCCGGCUGAUCCGCGAGCACCGGCUGCGGCCGCAUCGACACACCUUGCUGGGCGCCAAGCUGCCGGGCUGUGUGGAGCAGCGGCCUAUUUGGCGCAACUAUCUCCGCAUUAAGGAUGUUCCUUGGCUGGCAGACCAUGUCAUAGAUGGGAAGAUUCUCUUUCCCGCAGCUGGAUAUAUCAGUAUGGCGAUUGAAGCCAUGUGCAAUGUGGGCGACGUCGGUGCUACCCCUGACAGUAGCGUCCUGCUCCGCAACAUCACCAUUAGCUCCGCCCUGGUUUUGGACAACAGUGAUAUGGGAACGGAGGUUCUUGUAGAGCUGCACGCCCCUAUGACCUCAGCCAAAUCCCGCUCGGGGACGUGGUACGAAUUCACAAUCUUCUCAUAUCAGGCCCGCCAAGGAUGCGUCGAGCACUGCACUGGCCAGGUCUCCUUUGGUGACGAGCCGCCAGACUCGAAGGCCUACGAGAGUGUUCAGCAGCUCCUAAGCAAGAGCACUAGCAGCGCUCCAGCUAGUACAUACUACCGACAUUUGACGGAGUUUGGAUUAGCGUACGGUGAUCCAUUCCAGCUGCUUUCCGGUCUUAUUGAAUCGGGACCCGGGUUUGCAGUCGGAGAGCUGGCAUUUGAGCCGAUGCAAUAUGCCACUCAAGCGGCCGAUGUCACCGUAGCACAUCCUACUUUGCUUGACGCCUCCUUCCACACGAUCUUCCCGGCCAUGGAAGCAACAUUGCAAAGGCCCCUCGAUGAAGCGUCGGUGCCUACAUUCGUGCGGUCUGUGAGAGUUCAUCCAAAGAUGUUUGCGGUUAAGGAUGCAACAGACACUCAACGCGUAACCGCUCGCACCUACACCACUCCCACUGGUCCCCGCACCGCUACAAAUGAUCUUCUUAUCACUUCUGAUCUGGGCGAGGAAUUAUUGACUUUCAAGGGGCUACAAGUGACUUCCCUAGGAAAGUCGAGUGGAGGUGAGAGCAACCGCUCGGUGUUUUUCCGCACACGAUGGCAGCCAGCCUUUGACAGCCUACCGGCAAGUUCGCCGGUCCUACGCCAGGGGAAUAUCGCAAAGUUGAUGGAUAUUUAUACCCACCAGCACCCUGAUGCGAAAAUAUUACACCUCACGGAUAGUCUGGACCAUACACGUGAAGUGCUCCGUUACAUCGGAGGUGGAGCCAACCAACGACGGGCAUUUGACACCAUCACACCGGCGGGACCUGAUGUUUUGUCAGUAGAUGACAUCGAAAUGUUAGAAAAUGAACGGCCAGGAAGGGUGAAGCUUGGAGAGAUGGAGCCAGGCAAGUAUGACCUAGUCAUUGUGAGCCGGCCAGGACAGGACCCCAGUCAUUGGGCGAAAGAGCACGGAUAUAUCAUUGCCGAUGGCUGCCAGAUCGAUGAUCCAGGGCUCAACCUCGUAGUUCAGGGCAACGGGGUGGGGGUUUGGAAGAAGAAGCAGCAGACUAAUCCCGGUCCUCAAUCAGGAGACUACUCAGUAGCUCUUGUGAUGCCCGAGAGACCGUCUGACCGGACGUUGCAAAUUGCCGCUCAUAUUGAAGGAGUUACUAAGAGUCACUCAAUACAGCGUCUCACCUUGCGGGAUUUGGCCGGUCAGGCCACCAUAUCAGCGCAGGAUAUUGUUGUUCUGACAAGUUUAGACGAGACCGUCCUCGACCCUGCGGCUCAAGAUCCGACCCAGUUUGAUGCAAUUAGGACCCUUCUCAUCCAGACCGACCUGAACAUUAUUUGGCUCCUCGAAGGAGCGACGGAGGGACCGUCAAAGCCUCUGAACGGCAUGCUUGUUGGACUGACCCGAGUGGCCAAGUCCGAGAAUCCGGACACUCGUAUCGUCUCCUUCGAUAUAACACCAGGGCAAGCCGCCAGCACAAUUGCCGCUGGGGUCACUCGCGCUUUAGACCCAGGAUGCGGGGAAGACGAAUUCUCGCUACGGGAUGGUCUCCUCUAUAUUCCUCGGAUUGAAAACGACGACAGCUUAAACUGCAAAUUGCGUAAUGGUGCAGGCUCGGGCCCGAAGAUGGAGACUGUCACCAGCGAAAGACCCAUUCGCCUCAGCAUUGGCCAGGUUGGAUUGGUUGAUAGUCUUGUAUGGGAAGAUGAUCCUGAGGUUCUUGACAGCGAGUUGGCGCCUGGUGAUCUCGAAAUCGAGGUCUGGGCGUCCGCUCUGAACUUCCGCGAUGUUGCGGCAACCAUGGGUAUUAUAGACGAUUAUAAGCUGGGCGAUGAGUGUGCCGGCGUGGUCCUGCGGACUGGAAAGGAUGUGAGCCCAGCAGACUUCAAGCCAGGGGACCGCGUGGUUGCCCUGAGACCGGGCUGGGGGCACAUCGCUCCGUGGUCCGUCAUCCCGCCUAUCACUGUUCUCGGCUGGAAAGGGGAGUCCGUCCUGAUCCAUGGUGCCGCUGGUGGUGUUGGCCAGAUGGCUGUCCAGGUCGCCCAGCUGUAUGGUGCGAAGGUCAUUGCCACGGUAGGAUCCCAGAUAAAGCGAGACCUCCUACGCAAUCGAUAUGGAAUCCCAGACGAGCAAAUCCUUUGUUCACGGGAUGAUAGCUUCGUUGAAGGGAUUAUGCGCUUGACGGAGGGUAGAGGCGUGGACGUCGUUCUCAACAGUUUGUCUGGGAAACUCCUCCACGCAUCCUGGAACAUCGUCGCACCGUUCGGUCGAUUUGUGGAAAUCGGAAAACGGGACAUUCACGAGAACUCCGCUCUCGAGAUGGAGCCAUUUCGUCGUAAUGUGCUGUUUGCGUCGGUCGACCUGGUCACCGUUUAUGCGAAGAAUCCGGCCCUGGGAGCUCGACUCUCCCAGGAGUGCUAUCAACUCGUCCACAACGGUAAAAUCCAGCUCCCAGAGACCAUCCUUACUCUGCCCUGGUCCAAGACUAUUGAUGGAUUUCGGAUGCUCCAGAUGGGCAAGCACAUCGGUAAAAUUGUGUUCGAACGGCAAGAAGGCGACCUGGUGCCAGUGAGACCGUCGUCCCUUGGGAACAACAAUCGUUUCCAUUCAGACAAGACAUACCUACUGGUCGGUGGCCUGGGAGGCCUUGGGAGGGCCUUGGCAGAGUGGCUCUACAAAAAGGGGGCGAGAAGCCUGGCGUUCCUCUCCAGAUCCGGAGCUGCUCGGGACGAAGCUCGGGCUACCGUACAGUGGUUACAAUCCCAUGGUGUUGAGGUCGCCGUGUUCCGUGGUGAUGUGACAAACUACGGCGACGUAGAGACAUGUAUCCAAGGAAUAUCCAAUCUCGGGGGCGUCUUCCAAGCCGCCAUGGUUCUUCAGGAUGCACCACUGGAACGUAUGACCCUGGAUCAGUGGCAACGAUGCACGAGGCCGAAAGUGAUCGGAACCCACAAUCUCCACCUUGCAACAGCUGGAAAGGAAUUGGACUUCUUCGUCUGCUUCUCGUCCGGCUCGGCCUGCUAUGGAGCCAAGGGGCAGGGCAAUUACUCCGCCGCGAACAUGUAUCUCGACACAUUGAUGCGCCAUCGUCGAGAAUUGGGGCUUCCUGGUUCGACCAUGAAUUGUGGGCGCAUCUCGGGUGUUGGUGUAGUGGCAGAAGACGCGGCACUGGAGAGGUUUAUGGACCAACAGGGGUAUGAUCCCAUCAACAAGUAUGAGCUAUUGGCUCAGAUAGAAGAAGCUGUUUUCUCCGAUCAAAGAACGAUUAUUUCGGAUCGUGGGAUCGACACGUUUCAGACCAUCACCGGUAUCUCCCUGAAGCAGAAGGACAGGUACUGGAUUAAGAAGCCUCUGUUCCAGAAUCUGUACAGAAAUCAUGACCAGAGCGAUGACGGUGUUGCUCAAUCUGGGGAGGUUAAUCUUCCUAGUCUCCUCCGGCAGUUGCCAGAUGACGAAAAACGAGCAGAAGCCCUGCUUCAGCAGUUCAUCGGCAGGCUUGUUGUGGUGUUAGGACUGUCGGCCGAAAACAUCGAUGCCAGCAAUCCGCUGUCUCUCUAUGGCCUGGAUUCUUUAGUAGGGGUCGAGCUACGAAACUGGUUCAAUAAGUCGGUUGGGGUUGAUAUCGCCCUCUUCGAUGUCCUAGGAGCCAGUUCCAUCAAGGCUCUGAUUGACCAGGCUGUCGCCCUAUUCAGCGUCCAGGCCGCAGCGACGCAGUCAAGUGCCAGUGUAGAUUCAACGGCCAACACCACCGGUGGCAGUUCCGGCCGUUCCAAUGCCACUCGCACCCAAUCCAAAACCAAUUCGUCCGCAGUUGUUUCUAUUCCCAAGGUAGACCCGGCUGCACCUCUACCGCUCUCCGCAUAUCAGAAACGCUUGUGGUUUGCCCACUGCUUUGCUGCGGACAAGUCUAUACUCAACCUAGCGGUUCUGGUAGAACUCACCGGUAGACCAGACGAGCAGUGCAUGCAGCAGGCCUUGCAUGAGACGAAGCGCCGACACCCUAUCCUGCGAACUCGCUAUUACGAGGGAGAUGAGCAUGCGGAGCAGCAUAUGGUUGAUAUCUCUGAUACAAAAAUCGCAUUCGAAGACCUGUCUCAAACAGCAAACCCACGGGGUUCUUUGAGCACCCUGAUCACUAACCUGCAGAGGAAAGAGCUCGAUAUCGAGGCUGGUGAAGUCAUAGACGUCACAGUAGCAAAGCUAGCAGCCAGCGAGUUUGUGAUGAUCAACAUCAUACAUCACAUUGCGACAGAUCACGCUUGUACACGCCCACUGUUCGCACAGUUUGCGGCGUUGUAUAACGCGAUCCGUGAGCAGAGAGACCUUGUCACGGUUCCACCUCCCACAGUCACCUAUGCCGACUUCACUAGUUGGCACCAGGACCACCUCACCUCAGCGUCAAUGGUCCCGCACAUCCAGUAUUGGAAGGACACCCUUGCCGACAUGCCCCAGUCCUCGAAGCUUUUGCCUUUUGCCAAAGCGGAUCGGAUGCCGGGUGACCAGUAUGCCAGAGCGACCCACACCGGCUCGAUAGAUGCCAAGAUGCUCAAGCGCAUGAAGCGGAUCUGCGCCCAGUCCGGUACCAGUGCCUUCCACUUCCUUCUCAGCGCGUUCAGGGCAUUUCUCUAUCGGUAUACCGAGGAGACAGAUCUAACCAUUGUGAUUUUUGACGGCAAUCGCCCCCAUGCGGAGGUCAGCGACACCCUGGGUUUCUUCGUCAACAAUAUCCCCAUCCGGUGCCGCGGAUCGCUGGACGGCGCUUUCGAAGCCCUUCUCAAGGCUACGGCGUCUUGUACUUUGGAAGCAAUGACGCACAAUGCAGUACCGUUCGAUGUCAUUGUCAGCGAAACGAACGCACCCAGGAGCACCAGCCAUUUCCCAAUUGGACAAGUGUCAGUUAACUACCGCAUGCCAGAAGAAGCUGGGCCCUUCCGCACGCAGGACUUCGUGAUGCGGCCGAAUGGGCUACGCAAUAUCCCGACCCCGUUCGAUCUCCAACUAGACGCGCAAGAAGGAACGGAUAAGCAAUUGGAGCUGUCCCUGGAGUUCUCCACCACCCUAUACGCUGCGGAUGAUGUCGCUCGAUUCUUCGACAACUUCUUGACCUUCAUUACAAGCCUCAUUCGGGAUCAUCGGCAGCCCAUUGAAGAGGUUCCGCUCUGCGGUCCAUUGGAAAGACAAAGGUUGGAAUCCGGGUUUUGGAAUACCGGUCUUCACCAGAAUUCUUGGAAAGAUGUCAGUAUCUCCUCCCGAAUUCUUGAAAAGGCACAGGCUCACCCCGACGCGAUUGCCAUUAGAACAUCUGAAGGGGAUGCCGUCACCUAUGGAGAACUGGCCACGCGUGCCCGUCGCGUAGCAUUCUCUCUCCAAGCUGCUCGAGUAUCUCCUGGCCAAUUUAUUGGGGUUCUGACCGACCCUGGAAUCGAUACAGUGACAGCGAUGCUCGGGAUUCUGUUCAACCGCUGCGGCUAUGUGCCCAUGGACCCGACAAUGCCGCUAGAUCGGCUGGCAUUUAUCGCAGCGGAUUCCAGGAUCAAUGUCGUUCUCUUCGAUCCAGCCUCUACCAAGCUUGCGGCAGGACUCCAGUCCAAAGUUGUUGGGAACUUGCAAGCAAUGAGUAUCGAUGAAUCGGCAUGGACCCCAUUUGAAGCUGGUGUGCAACCCCAGCUCCCCACAGACCCAUGCUACAUGAUUUAUACCUCGGGAAGCACGGGACACCCUAAAGGUGUUGUACUCUCCCAUGAGAGCGUCCAUGAAAUGCUCGCAGCCAUGCAUGACAAGUUUGAGUUUGCCACGUCUGACCGGUUUUUGCAAAACGUUUCUCCAGCGUUUGAUCUCUCUGUUGUCCAGAUAUUCUCAGCCCUGACAGCAGGCGCCCGACUCUGUAUCGCUAGCCAACGCACACGGAAGGACCCAAUCGCCCUUGGCGAUUUUAUGCGCAGCGAAUCCGUAUCAGUAACCUACUUCACACCCAGCUCACUAGCCCUGGUGCUAGAGCACAACCCGGAUGCUCUGCGUGCCUGUUCACAGUAUCGGAUUUCUCUGUGCGCCGGCGAGUGGUUACCAACCCGUGUCGCAAGAGCCUUCCGAGACUCGGGCUGCCCGGCGACCUUGUACAACGGCUGGGGGCCUACAGAGACGGUCGUGCAAACCACCUUCCAUCAGGUAACUUGGCCGGAGGAUGAUCGUCACAACAUCCCAAUCGGACACGCCAUCGGCAACAAUCGCCAUUACGUUGUCGACCCCGCCAUGAACCUGCUGCCGCCAGGCUUCACUGGAGAGAUAUGCAUUGGGGGGCCUCAGGUCGCGCUCGGCUACCGCAACCGGUUUGAAGCCAACAAGAAAGAAUUUAGCAGCAAUCCAUUUGCCUUGCCCAGUGACCACGACAAGGGAUGGAUCCGUCUAUGCCGAACGGGUGACAGGGGACGCUUUCUGCCCGACGGCCAGCUCCAGUUUGUCGAACGUAUCUCCGGCGACAAGCAGAUUAAGCUGCGUGGCUACCGCAUUGAUUUAGGAGAAGUGGAGCAUGUCCUUCACCAAGCCUCUCAGGCGCCCCAGGGGCAGGGGCUGGCGAACCUUGCUGUCGUCGCUCGUACCAUCGGGGAGAACAACGCAUCCUUGACGGAUGACCGUCUGCUGAUUGCAUUCGUAACCACAAAGCAGCCUGUGCCACUGCCGGAACAGGAACGAUACUCUUGGUGUCUAAAUUUGGCUUCGCAGGGUCUCCUUCCCGAGUACAUGAUCCCAAGUGCGUAUGUGUUUCUCGACGCGCUACCAAUAACCAGCAACGGCAAAGUCGAUCGGAAGCUCCUCGCCCAGUGCGACAUGGAUCCCACGUUCCCUUCCAAUCCCAACUCAGCCGUCACUCAUGGAGGAGCAGGUCAGCUAUCCAGAGAGCAGGAACACCAAGACGCGAUGGUGGCCGUCAUUCAGAUCUGGAAGGAUAUUCUCAAGAUUGAUCGACCUAUUCUCGCUACGGAUAAUUUUUUCGAGCUGGGAGGUCAAAGCAUUCUUCUCAUGCGGGUUCAGUCAAAGUUACGACGCACACUCGGGGUUUCUCUUUCUCUGCCGGAAAUGAUCCGUACGCCCACUCCAUCGCAUAUCGCUAAUCUUCUCACAGGCGACUCGCGGGGGGCACAACUGAAUAGCAGCGCGUCCGCUCCUGUGGGGGGUGUGAAUUGGGAGGAAGAGUGCCGAUUGCCGAAUGAGGAGCAAUACACGAUUCCGUCGGGAUGCCGCCGGCCUUCACGAUCCUCCAUCACUGAUAUUCUGUUAACCGGCUCGGAAAGUUUUAAUGGCAUCCACAUGCUUGCUCACUUGCUUCUCCAAGAUUCCCAUACCAUGAUUCAUGUCAUCGGCACGCACGCCCCGCUCACUCACAACCAGCUGAUCGCCUCCUUGCGUCAUCAUCGUCUCCUCCAUCAUCCGAAUGCUCUCGAACAGGUUUCGUCGCGUGUGCACUGCGUGCCAGGCUCCCUCUCAGAGGCCCACUUGGGACUUUCUCACCACAGCUUUCAGGCCCUGGCGCGAAGGGUCCAGACGAUCUAUCACCUAGCCUCGGAAGUCUCGCUACUGAAGACGUAUCAAAGCCUGAAGCGGAUCAACACCACGUCUGCACUGACCCUGAUUGAGUUCGCCCGGAGCGGCGGGCACUGCAGCGAGAUCCACUAUCUCUCGACUUGGAGCGUGCCACACUUGCAGUCGUGGAAUCAGGCGAAACGCUCACGGCCCGAGAUUGCCGUGGGUGAAACCGCCAUCGGCCAUUUUACGCCGCCGCCCACCAAUCAAUCAGGCUAUUUUCAAUCCCGCUGGGUCACUGAGAUGCUUUUCACCCAAGCCUCCACACGUGGCUUCCCUAUCACGAUCUACCGGUCCUCCGCCGUGACUGAGGCCGCACAUACGGGCGUUCCCGCACCCAAGGACGACUUGGUUCGUGCUCUGCUCGUCGAUAUGCUCCGUCAUCGGGCAAUCCCGAAGACACACACCACUCCCAAUCCCUUCGUCAUUGAUUUCAUCCCCGUGGACUAUCUUGUGCACGCCCUCGGCCAGAUUUCUCGCUCGGAAGAGGGUGAUUGGGCAUCGGGCUUACAAAUCUAUCACCUUGUCAACCCGUCCCCCCUUCCGCUCGAUGAACUGCCCCAGUUGAUGGGGAAGAUUAGCGGCGACGGGAUCACUGGCCGCAAGGUGGACUUGGACCAGUGGUUAGAGAUCGUUGGACAGGGGGCUCACGAACAGGAGCAGCUCCGCUUGGAGACUUUGAAAGCGUAUUUUGAGCUCGGGCACACAAUGUUCCAGCUGUCGCGCACCAACACCGAUGCCGUCCUGAAGAGAGAUCACUUUAUCGAAUGCCCUGCAGUCAACGAGGAGUACCUAUCGCAUCUAUGGAAGACCGAUAAUAUGCGCUCGGCGAUGCCGUUGAACUAA